ACACAAUCCAGUUGGCGAAGUCUGUCUUCCUCCCAAUCGAGGAGACAAACCACAAUCGGCGAACCCCACGACCUCUCUGGCGCCAUCCCUACCCCCAUCUCCCACAUGUCCGAGACCGAACUCAUGAUGGCCGAGUCCGUCUCCAAAUUCGCCAACGAUGUCAUUCUCCCCAAAGUGCGCAGCAUGGACGAAAACGAAAAGAUGGAUCAAGACAUUAUUGAGCAAUGUUUCGAAAAUGGUCUCAUGAGCAUUGAAAUCCCUGAAGAGUUUGGAGGCGCCGGAAUGAACUUUACGGCUGCUAUUGUUGGUAUCGAGGAGCUGGCCAAGGUCGAUCCUAGUGUUAGUGUUAUGGUUGAUGUGCAUAAUACCCUGGUCAACACUACCCUGCUCAAGUACGGCACCAAGGAGAGUCAGCGCAAGUGGUUGCCUCAGUUGGCUACCAACACUCUCGGCUCCUUCUGUCUCUCUGAACCAGUCUCGGGCUCCGAUGCCUUCGCCCUCAAGACCCGCGCCGAAAAGACCGCCGACGGCUACCGCAUCAACGGCUCCAAGAUGUGGAUCACAAACUCUAUGGAGGCAGGUUUCUUCAUUGUGUUUGCCAACCUCGACCCCUCAAAGGGCUACAAAGGCAUCACAGCCUUUAUCGUCGACAAGGACACUCCCGGUUUCAGCAUCGCCAAGAAGGAAAAGAAACUCGGUAUCAAAGCAUCCUCCACCUGCGUCGUCAACUUUGACGAUGUCGAAAUCCCCAAAGGAAACCUGCUGGGUAAGGAGGGAGAGGGAUAUAAAUACGCAAUUGGUAUUUUGAACGAGGGUAGAAUUGGUAUUGCAGCUCAGAUGACUGGAUUGGCCAUGGGAGCUUUCUCCAACGCAGCUUCCUACGUCUGGAACGAUCGCAAGCAAUUCGGCACCUUGGUUGGAGAGUUCCAGGGUAUGCAACAUCAACUCGCUCAAGCAUGGACAGAGAUCUGUGCAGCACGCGCUCUGGUCUACAAUGCCGCUCGCAAGAAGGAAGCCGGCGAGGAUUUCGUCAUGGAUGCUGCCAUGGCUAAACUCUACGCUUCCCAGGUUGCGGGCAAGGUGUCUGGACAGGCUGUUGAGUGGAUGGGCGGUAUGGGUUUCGUCCGAGAGGGUUUGGCAGAGAAGUACUGGAGAGACAGCAAGAUUGGUGCCAUCUACGAGGGCACGAGCAACAUCCAGCUCAGCACUAUCGCUAAGCUGUUGCAGAAGGAGUACACCAAGUAG